AUGCAUAUCACAAAGUACCUCGGCAAAUUUCUCAUGGUGGCACUUGUCCCCAUUCUAAGCAUCCAUGUUCAGGCUAGGCCAAACAUAAUCAACCAAGAUCUUACCCAGCCCCAGUAUCCUCUUGACCCUGGAGCCAACAAUCUCACUCCACCACAGUCUCUGGGCCCUCUUGACGGCGGCCCUAAUGAUCCCGUCCCAAGACAAAGCUUCGCAGACGCCAAGCCGUUUUAUGCAAUUGCCCAUCGCGUCUUGAUGUCCUACGGUGCCAGGUCUGCUGUUAGUCACGGUGCCAAUGCUUUAGAGAUUGAUAUGUACGCCUGGAAGAAAGGAUGGUGGGCAGACCAUGAUGGAUCGCCUUCAAGUUCGGGAGACACAGCUGAGAAAAUGUUUCAGACAAUUGCUGAACUUCGCGGUGAGGGUAUGACCAUCAACUUCGUGUGGUUAGACAUCAAGAAUCCCGAUUGGUGCGACCCCGAGGAUAACACUUGGAAACAUUGCUCUAUUGAUGCACUUCGCGAUCUUGCAAGAAAGUACCUCGAGCCAGUGGGCGUACGCAUUCUCUAUGGAUUUUAUGGCGCCACCGUCUCAGGAAAGGCAUACAAGAGGAUUCUCUCGGGUUUGAAGGACAGUGAAGGCCUCAACAUCAAUGGGAAGGCAGCUGAUGUAGCCAAAGCUUUUCAGGAUUACGGAUCACCAAACAAAGCUCGCCGUAUUAUGUCCUAUGGCUACUUUAACCUCCCCUUCCAAUUCGGCGAUUGUCACGAAGAAUCCUUCUAUACCUGCACAGAGUUGCGCCAGGGUACCGAGUCGCGCAAUUAUGGUCAGGUUUAUGGGUGGACUCUUGCAACUGGGCAAAUCUGGCAGGCUGAGAAGCUCAUUGGUACAGCUGGAGUUGACGGUAUAAUCUACGGCUUCAAGCAGACGCAUUACUACGAUCACGAGCACACCCGUAAUGGGAUUAAGCUUAUUCGUGCCUUGUUGGAAAAGCACUCGGGUGAACGUUAUCUUGCGCGACAGGAAGAUCAGCCAUGGUAG